AUAUAUUUGAUUAUAUAUCAGAGAGAGAGAGAGAGAGAGAGAGAUGAAGAUAAUGUUGGCAACGGUCAGAGAGCUCUCUUCUUCUUCUUCUACUACUGCUUCGUGGCCCUUUUCUUCGAACUUCUCUUCCCACUUUCCUUCAUCAAAAACUUACUCGAGGCCAAGAAGCUCAAGUUGCAGAGCGAACCUAGGUGCCCAAAGGAAGCUUGCUAGUGCCCCAAGAUGGAAGCUUGGCCUUUGCUCCCAAAGUUCCGAGACAUGGUUCCAAAAGGAAGUCUUCUUGUUCUCCAUGUACUGGCAAUUCCUGAAUCCUUGGUUUGGAUUGAUUUUCAUUGAUAAUAGCUGUGAGAGUUCAAAGUUUGACCCAUUGGGCAUAAAUUUGGACACUUCAACGGGUCUAAAUGUUGCUCCUUGGGAAAGUGUCCUUGGUUGGCUUACACAAAAAUAUGAAAGCACAUCAAGUACAAGAAAGGAGAAACCUUCUUCAGCUAGAGGAGUUGCAGCUGCAAUUGAAGACACUUCUAUUGACUUUGGGGAUUUCUUUAAAGGCCCACUGCCGGGAAAAUUCCUUAAAUUAUUGGGAUAUUUGGCGCUUUCGCGGCUUGGAGUAUAUAUACCUCUUGGUGGAGUAAACCGGGAAGCAUUUGUUGGCAAUCUAGAUCAAAACAGUUUAUUGAGCACCUUAGAUUCAUUUUCUGGAGGAGGCAUUGGUCGACUUGGGAUAUGCUCUCUUGGUAUUGUUCCCUUUAUUAACGCACAGAUUGUGUUUCAGCUUCUUGCCCAGAUCUACCCCAAGUUGCAAGAACUCCAAAAAAGAGAGGGUGAAGCUGGUAGGAAGAAAAUUCUUCAGUAUACUCGCUAUGCUUCUGUUGGUUUUGCCAUAGUGCAGGCAAUUGGCCAAGUACUCUACCUUCGCCCUUAUGUCAAUGACUUUAGUACAGAUUGGGCUUUGUCUUCGGUGACUUUGUUAACGCUUGGUUCGGUGCUUACAACAUAUAUUGGUGAAAGGAUUUCUGACUUAAAACUUGGAAAUGGUACAUCUCUUUUGAUCUUCACAAGCAUUAUAUCGUACUUGCCAGCAUCUUUUGGUAGGACAGUUGCACAGGCAUUUCAGGAUGGUAAUUAUAUCGGACUAGUUGCCAUCAUUCUCUCCUUUUUCCUUUUGGUGCUUAGCAUCGUGUACGUUCAGGAAGCAGAGAGGAAAAUUCCAAUUAAUUAUGCCUCAAGGUACGCUAGCAGAACUGGAGGGCUCCAACGAUCUGCUUACCUGCCCUUUAAGGACCUAUCUUCAGGAAAGAUGAUUGGCAGUGCUGAGGAGAGAGGACCUAUCUUCGGAAAGAUGUUUGGCAGUGCUGAGGAGAGAGGCCUUUAUCAUAUCUCAAGGCUUGGUCAUUCUCUUGGAUCUAAGUCACAUAUUCGAUCCUCCUUGUCUACUAUUUCAAAUUUUGAAGUCAUGUUAUGGCACCAAUGGUUAGGGCAUCCUAGCUUUAAUUAUCUUAGAGUUUUGUGUUCUUCUCUGUUCAUCAAUAAAAGAAGCCAUUCUUUUCAUUGUGAACAAUAUAUUCUUGCUAAACAAACCAAAAGUUCACAUCCAACUCAUAUCUAUAAGCCUUUAAAGCCAUUUUAUCUAGUCCAUAGUGAUAUUUGGGGACCAACAGGGACUCCCAACUUAACUAACACUUGUUGGUUCAUCACAUUCAUAAAUGACCAUGCAAGAGUUAGCUAGGUGUUCUCAAUGAAAGACAAAUCUAAAGUCUCUAUUGUCUUCAAAAGGUUUCAUCAAAUGGUAAAACAUGUUUUUCAAUCCUCCAUCCAUGUUUUAUGAUCAGACAAUGGCAAGGAAUAUUUUUCCAAUGACUUCAAUCAUUAUUUAACUAAGCAUGGUAUCAUUCACCAAAGCUCAUGCCCUUACAAUUCUCAACAAAAUGGGGUGGUAAAAAGAAAAAAUCGCCAUCUUCUUGAAACUAUUGGGGCUAUCAUGUUCACUAAUUCAGUGCCUAAUUCUUACUGGGGAGAAGCAAUUCUCACUGCCUCAUAUCUCAUCAUCGGAUUCCCUCCAAGGUCCUUGCAUUCAGGACUCCUUUAAGUGUUUUUCUUGACUUCUAUCCUCAUCAUACCUAAGACUUGAAUUCCCUUUCCUUGAAGGUCUUUGGAUGCACUAUCUUUGUGCACAAGUACCAACCUUCUCAAUCCAAACUUGAACCUAAAGCUCUCAAUUGUAUAUUUGUUGGUUAUUCUCCUACUCAGCAAGGAUAUAAGUGCUUUAGCCCUUUUACUCGACGCUUUAUCGUAUUUUGUGAUGUCUCUUUUCUUGAGCAUCAACCAUUUUUUCCAAAUAUUCCUCUACAGGAGGGCACACCUAGUACAAAGCAAUACUGGGACUCCCCCGUAUCUCUUCUUGCUCAUUCACCUCCUACCUCUCCUUCUACGGUCUCUACUACUGAACUUGUUCCUGAACCACCUCAAUCGAUUCCUGAACCAAUCCCUAUUUCUACCCAAAGCUUGGUGCCUUAUCAAGGGGGACAUCAGAAUAACCAGAUCCAGGAUGAUCAGGCUCCUGACAAACCACCAUUGGUUUAUUCUAGAAGGCCUUGCGAUCCUCAGCCAGGCCUAUUGUCUAAUCCAGAGAUAAGUCCAGAUG